AGUGUGUGGAGUUGUUGCGGGGUGGGGGGGUGAUAGCGGGAUGCUGCCGUGAUAUGGUGUUUUUUGCGUUUCAUCCCGGGGACAUUAUCCCGCAACGCUAGAAUCGAUCAGGGCUCGAUGCCGCAGGAAAUGUCCAGCGGAGGGACGGACGGAUGGAUUGUGGUGCACGGAGAGGAGACGCGGAGAGCAAAGAGAGCAGAAGAAGAGAAAAGAAGAAGAAGAGUGUCGGGCUCCUGAAAACAGGUCUCCUCUGCUCAUCAGGUGAAGCACUGUGAGCCGCCUACCCCCCCACCACCACCACCUUCCCCUCCUCACCCCCCAUCCCUCCUCACCCCAAGAGACGUCACCCACUGUCCCCCCAAAACCCCGCUCACCCGCCUCACCUGCCAAAAAACCCCCAUCCGACAGCUGCCACUGGCCCUCCUUUUACCCCAUGGUGGCCCCAAGGCCCGCCCUCUCACUGCUAUUGGCUGUCCUGGCCUGCACGGGGCCCGCGCGCCCCUCGCCCCCCCUACUGCUCCGGCCCCGGGAGAGAGAGAGGGACUCGGGUGGCGUCAACAUCGCCGUAGUCCACUCGGGCUCCUCCCUGCUCCCGGAGACGGCGGUAGUGGGAGGCGCGGGGGUCGGCGAGCCAGGGCUGGGGUCCGGUCUGGGAAACGGUCCGGGUGGAGGAGGAGGAGGAGGAGGAGGAGGAGAAAGAGAAAGAGGAGGAGGAGACAGGGGGAGGGGAGUAACGGAUACAGCUUCGUUGGCAGGAGCGGCUGCUAUGGCCUCCUUCUCCUCCUCCCCGGCCUACCUGUCGCUGGCGGCGCUCGUGGGGGAGACGGUGAUGACGCCGUCGGGACAGGCCAACGUCAUCUACCUGGCUGUGAACGAGAGCAGCCCGGGCACCCUGCUGCUGCAGCUGUGUGAGCUACUGGCCACCACACCCCUGCAGGGUUUGGUGUUUGAGGAAGAGAGACCGCCGCCGCCGAAUCGCGCCCCCCUGGCUCCGAUGCUGGAGUUCGUCUCGGCCCAGACGGGGGUUCCUGUGGUCGCCGUAGGGGGAGGAGCCAGCCUGGGACGAGAGCCACAGGAGAGCGGCUCCAUCUACCUCCAGUUCACCUGCUCCACCUCGCUGCAGCUUGAAGUCAUCUUCGAGGUGCUUGAAGAGUACGACUGGACCUCCUUCUCUGUGGUCACCACCCGUCACCACGGCUACGAGGACUUCCUGGCCAUGGUGGAGGGGAUGACGGACGGUUCUUUCAUCGGCUGGGAGAAGAAGAGCGUGGUGACUCUUAAUGUGACGGACGACCCUGGAGGGGCGCGAACCAAACGGCUGCUCAAAGACAACGAAGCCCAGGUCCGUCUCCUUUACUGCUCCCUGGAAGAAGCCGAGCUGGUUUUCCGAGCGGCCUGGGCGGCGGGUCAAGCCGGACCCAGUCACAUGUGGUUCGCCGUGGGACCGGCGCUGUCCGGGUUGGGCCUGGAGGGGCUGCCGAAGGCCCUGUUUGCCAUCCGGCCGCAGGGCUGGAGGGACGAACCUCGCAGGCGGAUUGCUAAAGGUGUCUCCGUGCUCACCCACGGGGCCAUGGCUCUGCGGAGGGACCAGGGGGCCACCAGCCGGGCUCAGUACGCCGGAAACUGCCAGAGCGACGGCAACCAGACCCACCGAGUGGUCGACAGAAUCAGGUACUUCACCAACAUCUCAAUCGGUGGACGGGACUAUUCCUUCAACAGCGAUGGCUACCUGUCCAACCCGCUGCUCGACGUCAUCUCCUACACCAAUGGGAGAGGCUGGGAGGAGGUUGGCUGGUGGGAGAACGGACACUUGCGUCUACGUUACCACCCCUGGUCUCGUUACGGCUCUUUCCUGAAGCCUCUGGAUGACGCCCAACACCUCCGAGUGGUCACCCUGGAAGAAAGACCCUUCGUCAUCGUGGAGCCGGCCGACCCGGGAACCAGCUCCUGUAUCCGGGACUCUGUUCCCUGCCGCAUGCCAGUCAACUCCAGUUUGGUGGUGGACAACACGGGGCCCAUGAAGCACUGCUGCAAAGGAUUCUGCAUCGACGUCCUGAAGCGUCUGGCCAAGAUUGUGGGCUUCACCUACGAUCUGUACCUGGUGACUAACGGCAGGCACGGCAAGAACAUCGACGGGCAGUGGAACGGCAUGGUUGGAGAGGUGGUGUCAAACAGGGCGGACAUGGCCAUCGGCUCUCUCACCAUUAACGAAGAGAGGUCAGAGGUGGUGGAGUUCUCCGUCCCGUUCGUUGAGACCGGCAUCAGCGUCAUGGUUUCUCGCAGCAACGGCACCGUAUCGCCUUCUGCUUUCCUAGAGCCCUACAGCCCGGCGGUGUGGGUGAUGAUGUUUGUGAUGUGCCUGUCGGUGGUGGCUGUCACCGUCUUCAUCUUUGAGUUCUUCAGCCCCGUGGGAUACAACCGCAGCCUGCAGAGCGCCAAGAAGUCUGGGGGAUCUAAGUUCACCAUCGGGAAGUCUGUCUGGCUGCUGUGGGCGCUGGUCUUCAACAACUCUGUGCCUGUGGAGAAUCCCAGAGGAACCACCAGCAAGAUCAUGGUGCUGGUGUGGGCCUUCUUCGCUGUCAUCUUCCUGGCCUCCUACACUGCCAACCUGGCUGCCUUCAUGAUCCAGGAGGAGUACAUCGACACGGUGUCAGGGCUGUCGGAUAAAAAGUUCCAGCAGCCGACGGAGCAGUACCCGCCGCUACGUUUCGGCACGGUGCCCAACGGCAGCACUGAGGAGAACAUCCGCUCCAACUAUCCCAACAUGCACCAGUAUAUGAUCCGCAACAACCAGAAGGGCGUGGAGGAAGCCAUCGACAACCUCAAGACGGGGAAACUGGAUGCCUUCAUUUAUGACGCUGCUGUGCUGAACUAUAUGGCCAGGAAGGACGAGGGCUGCAAGGUGAUGACUAUCGGCUCUGGGAAGGUGUUUGCCACUACAGGCUACGGCAUCGCUCUGCACAAGAACUCCCGCUGGAAACGACCGCUGGACCUGGCUCUGCUGCAGCUGGUCGGAGACGAUGAGAUCGAUAUGUUGGAACGUCUCUGGCUGUCGGGUAUCUGUCACAAUGAUAAGAUUGAGGUGAUGAGCAGUAAGCUGGACAUUGACAACAUGGCAGGGGUCUUCUACAUGCUGCUGGUGGCCAUGGGCCUCAGCCUCCUGGUGUUUGCGUGGGAGCAUCUGGUCUACUGGAAACUACGGCACUGUGUGAAGAGAUCUGGUGGGAUGGAUUUCCUCUUGGCUCUCAGCAGGGGGAUGUACAGCUGCUGCCAAUUUGAGGAUGAGACCACUCCAGGAGGGAGCAAAAGCACUUUGCCCCAGUACCACACUGUGACCACCAUGCCUACUGCACCCCAACAACAUCUAGUUACAGCCACAGUAAACAACACGACUGCCAUUGCCAUGGUGCAGCAGCAACAGCAGCAAAAGCACCACCAACAGCAACAGGGACAGACUUAUACUACCAUGCUACCCGGAUCACCGCCAACUACUGGACACUCAGCAAUGGCUCUGGGUCCCUCAAAUAGCCCCUUACUGGAAGGCCCUAUGCCUUGCUCCACCUUCUUGCCCCGCCAUGACCGUAGACUGGCUGUAGUUGAUCGCUGGAACAGGCAAAAGCCAGAGAAGGUCAUGAGCGGAGGCAGCAGUGGAGGCGUGGGUGUUGGGGGGAUAGCAGGAGGGAUCACUGAAAUACAGGCCCAGCAGCAGAUUCUAGGACAGCACUGGAGCCUGCAAGGAGGAGUUGCAGGUGGAGCAGGGGCAGGAGGUGACACAGGGCUAGAUGAAUACAAGCGCUACUAUGGUCCUAUAGAUCCAGAAGGAUUAGGCGCCAACUCGGACCAACAGGUAGGGGGCCCCCAGCAGACUCCCAAAGCCAAUCCUCGAGGCCCCAAGGCCUCAGGAAUGCCAAGGCUGCCUCCAAAAGGCCCCCAACAAGGCCCAGCGCACUUAAUCCCUAAGCCUCCUCCACCAAUCCCAUCUUCUCCACGAAGGCCUCCCUUUUGGAGGCGAGGAAGCCUCGCUCAGACAAGGAGAAAAGGCUCAGGAGGUCCUCUAUAUGAGAAUAUACUCCCUCUGGGAAGGCGAGGAGGUGGGAGGUAUGGAGCAAGUGAUGGAAGUGGAAGGAGAGGCCGUCGUCCCCCUCCACCUCCUCCUCUUCCUGUCCCCCUUUCCUCACCAACACACACCCCAACUACUCCCUCCUCACCAUGCCGUUUCUACUCCUCCUGCUCCAGUGCCUCAUCUUCUUCCUCAUCCUCCACGUCAUCCUCAUCCUCUUCUUCAUCGUCUGUGUCGCUUUCUCGGUCAAAUUCUCCCUCUUCUUGCACCAGUGACAGCUCCUAUAACUCCUCACUGAGUUUCCGGUAUCGAGCAGGUGAUUUUACGGUAGAUGACGACUACGACUCAGAUCUCCUCACGGAGGAGUCCAGCCUCCUCCUGGGGUCUCGGAGGAAGAUUCGUUCACGCCGCAUGUCAUCGCGCUCGCUGCCGUGCAGCCCACCGCCUCCGCCGAUCCCACCACGCAAACCACGUCCUCAGAGAGAUUACGGACGAGAGAGGACAGGAAGCCAACUGGCCCAGUUACAGGAGUGGUGGGCAUCGUGGGGUGACCGAGAGCGAGGGAGGGGAGGAACAAGUCGAGGAGAUGGAGUGGGCAGGGAGGAGAAGAGACACCAUAAGGAGAGGGAGCGUGAGAGGAAGAGGAGGAAGAAGGGGCGAAAGAAGAAGAAGAGGGAGGAGAGGGAGAGAGAAAGGGAACGAAAGCGACGCAAAGCCAAAAAGAAGAGAAAGAAAGACGACAAGAUGAGAAAGAGAGAGCGGAAGAGGUCAGAGCAGGAGGGAGCAGAUCCUGAAAAACGAGAAGAGCUCAAAUCAGGGACACCAGACUAUCCAUCGUACCCACCCCUGAGGCGCGAGUCCUUUCGGAAAAAGAGUGAGAGCUCAAUCAGGAGCUAUGGUUGGAACAUCCCAGGAGAGGAUGAAAGGAAAGAGAGGGAGGACAAAGAGAGAGAUGACGGGGAGGACAGCCGAGGAAAGGAAAGACACCACAGGCGGAGGAACAGCAAGCAUUAUCAGAGCUCUAGCAGUAAGCCUUCUACAUCUGUCAAGUUCUGGAGAGGGGGCAACCCAUCCUCUGACGCCAUUCCAUCUGCCUUCCUGCCCUUGUUGCCUGUCUCCUCUAAAAGGAGGAAGAGUAAAAGUUCAGACAGGGAUGCUGUUGGAAUGGAAGGAGAGAGGAGGCCACUGCUGGGACGAAAUGAAAGAGGCGAGAUGCACUCCAAGGAGGGGUUGUCCUUCCAUGAGUGGGAGUCCGAAGUAGAGGAUGAGGAAGACGAUUCAGAGCAGGAGAGGAGGAAAGCAGAGCAUGGGAAGAGACGUGGAGGAGGAAGGACAAUGUCCGAUGAGGAGCGGGAACGUGAUAAAGUAGUCGGGAUAUAUUCUGAUGACGAUGGUUCCUCAGGAGAGUUUGGGAAGUUUGAGAGGUACUGGGAAGAUCAUGAGGGUAGAGCAGUGGGAGGGAUUGGAGGGGGAGGCUGGUUUUUCAGUACCUACCCCUCCAGGGAUAAAGCUGGCAGCAUAAACAGCAGAGAUGACCUGUUCCUGGAGCGAGGAGAGAGGUGGGGAACAGCAGAGAGUGGGUGGGGCUCUAGUGCAGGUGGAGGAGGAGGAGAGAGAGGUUGGGGAUCGGGGUCACACUGGCCACCACCUCCUCUAACACCACCACCUCCCCGAAGAUACUGGUCAGUGGACAAGCUCCACAUACAGGACGAGAAGAAGAGUAAACGCAAGUCCAAGGACAAGGGAAGAGGGCACGCAGGCUGUUCAUCCUGUCAUUCCCCUCGACACCAUCCGCACUCUCAUUCCUCCAAAUGGGCUCGCGUAACUUCACGAAGCCAGGAAGAGCUGUACCACCACUGCCAGAGUUUUGGUGGUCCCUUGAAGCCGAAACAUGACUCCUCAUCCUCAUCCAAACCAGAUCGAUCACAGAAUCCAUCUAAAUCUGGCAGCCAGUCAAACCUCAGCAUCCAUCAGCGGACACAGAGAACAGAAAGGGAUCGAGAUCGAGGAAGACAACCAUCCCCACCUUCAGCCCUUAUAUCUAACCUGCCACCCUCUCUGCCUGCCCUUCCAGCUCCUCCAUCCUCAUCUCACUCCAUCCACGUCCCUCCCCCAGCUUCGUCCUCAUCUGUAUCCUCUCCCUCCGUGGUCUCGUCCACACCGGGGGCACCCCAAGCCUCCUCCAUGGCUUCGGCAAGUGCCAAACUACAGUACCAGAGAUUGCGCUCUGUACCCCAACCCCAGAGGUUUCCUCAGUCUCCUCACUUACCCCUCAAAGCCAAGAGCCUUUGCUCUCGAAGGGACUCAGCCCAUUUCUCCAGCGUGGAGAGUGAGGUCUGAAGUUCAACAAGGUAUCAAAAGUCAUAAGAGAGCCCUGUGAGGCUGACACCAAGCAGGUGAUCUGGAUUUGAAUUUGCCUGACAGCAAACAUGGCUACACAGCCAAGUCAGUACAGUACACGCACUGAGCCCUUUCCUAAAGUUCUGCACAAACAAACCAGAAAGCCAAACAAACCCAGUGGGGUAGGUCAAAGGAAAACAGGAGCAAUCUUGUGUUUACUGUUGUAUCCUUCUGUUCCUCUCAGUAUGUGAAAGACGACAGCCACAGUAACUACUUGCAUUCUGAAUGGAGUUAACCAAUACACAAAAAGCAAAUCAGACAUCAAAAGUUGUACAACUGAAGGAGACUCCUUUGCUAUAGUAAGUAAAGGGCUUUGGAUGUUGAAGCCGAGCAGUAGUUUGUAUUCAGAGGAUUCUUAAUGCUUACUGAGGGCUCAGGAACUUUGUAGUACUGUAUGCCUGCUGCUCUCGGAAGCCUUUAACACAGAACAAUGUUCUUAUUUUUAUCCCUUCAACAAAUCACUUACCCCAAUUUUCCUUUUUCCUUAACAAACUGUUUACACCCCCACUGAACUGUGACGCCCAUCCGAGGCACCUUUUGUUGUGUAUGAUCAAUAUCUUCUUGUUUAAAGUGAGAGGAGGAUGAUAACCAUCUUGUCCUCUCUGGUAUCCAUUGCUUUCCUUAUGUUCCUUUCCCCUCUCUUCUCUGCCCUCUACUCCCUUAUUUUUCUUCAUUUCUCUUUCUAUUUUUUCACUCUUUUGCCACCAUAUUAACAAGCCUAUCUUCUCCUCAUCUCUCUUGUCAUCUCCUCUCCUGUCCUCCCCUCUCGGCUCCUCUCCUCGAUGUGAUUAUUCUGUGUGUCUGUGCUUUUCUGUGUUUGUAUUCUUGACAACAGGGUAAGUCAACUGUGACUGAUAUUCUACUGGCUAAAUGAAAAGCUGAGUGCCAAACUUAAAUAGAGCUCGACAUCAAUCUGUACAACGUUAGCAGCUGUGUUUCCUUUUCAUUUAAAUAUGUGCACAUGCUAAUACACACACAUACAUGCAUACAUAAAAAAGUGCCCACAAACACUCACAUACAGGUACAUGUAAGAACAUGUGCACCUGAUCAAGUCAGUUCAUCUGUUCUCUUUCUGGAGCAAUACAUGAGUCACCCCUCUGUUCAUGUCACGGCUUUAUACUUUGAAACCUUUACUUUCCUUCUGUGUUGUAGUUGUUGUUAUUGAUGGUGUUCUAUAUAUCAAGACAUGUAUUAAAUCUAAUACAAUGUAAGCACUGUGCCAUACUACUCAAGCUUGCGUGCACAUGAAACGUUCUCUCUCAACUACCUAACUACGACAACGGAGGCAGUGUCUGUUCCCUCCCUGUAUUUGACUGAAUGUAAAGUCAGCCGCCAACAAGUGUGCUGCAACAACAAUUAAGACACUUGAAGAUGGAACUCGUAGCAUUUCUGACGGAUUAGCGUGCAUGAUGCAGGAAUAGGGACGGCGUUAACUUCAGCUAUUAUCGACGUAGCCAGAUAGCCGGUAUGCUCACCUUGCAGGGUAACUCCAAGUAGUUGCUAAUAAAGAAGUAGAGCUGCAGUGGUUUAGAAAUGAUUUUAUUGCUCUGUUUGCAUUUAGUGUUCACCUGCAGGAGGGUCAGUUGGCACCAAGGCUAGAAUACCAGAAAGAUUCGCAAAACUAAUCAGCUUAGGUUUGCUUGCAGUGAAGCGUGAGAGAGGUGCGUAAUAUGCUAGGUGGCGCUACACAGAUUGUUAGACAAGGUGCAGGGAAAUAAAUACUUACAGCCUUAUGCUAAUUGCUCCUGCCAUAUGUUUUGUGUAAAGUAUGACAGUAUGUAUUUUAAUCAACAUGUCUGGGCCGUACGAUCAGACAAGGGAUUGAUUGGUGCCAAAUUAGCGAUAGUGCGAGUGCCGUUUUGAUGUCAAAGAGACUGUGCCUGUGUUGGAUGCAAGCAGAUGGUUUCCGAAGAGGUGUCAGAUCUGAUUGGUUAGGUAUGAAAGACACAGUAGCACCUCCUGUGAUAGUUUUCUUUUUUUUUUUAAGUAUUUCUCACCUUGUAAAUGUGUAACCAAGAGCUAUAGCUUUUUAAAUCCAUGACCGAGCUGUCACCAGCAGUUACACUCCGAUGUCAAGCGGUUUAGAGUAGUCAGUUCUAAUUAUCAACCGUAGACUUUAGCGUCAGGACACCGGACAUCAGUGAAGUAUUAGUGACGAGGAAAGAGCCGCUGGCACAACACUGUUUGUCUGUUUUCAGUUGGUCAAAAUGCCUGAGCCAUCUUUCCCGUAAGUCUGGUCAGCUCAUGUUGUUUGCCUGGAACUGCAUCUGAGCCAUAAUUUACUUCAGCUGAAGAAAACAAGAAGAGAACUUAAGUUUUUAACAUACACUUGUGUAGAGUUUUUCUGACUUUCUUUAAGAAAAAAAUCUAUAUAUAUAUUCAUAUAUAUAUUCAUAUAUAUAUAUAUAUAUAUAUAUAUAUACAUAUAUAUAUAUAUAUAUAUAUCUGUGGCGGUGGGUAGCAUUAGAAAAAAUUGUUGUUUAGCGUCUUGAUAUUUGGGGAUAUUGUUUCUCAUUCCAAGUCCAUUGAAUAUAAAUAUCAUGGGAAGUUCUUCAGUUCAGAACAGAAAUUUACUUUCCACAAAAAGACCGUUCACUGCUUAUUACAAUCAGAGACUAACACAAAAUUCAGUGAAACCAGACAAACCAACAAGUGUGAUAUGCCUCCGUGCAUUCACGCCUCACGGAACUGAAGUUUGCUGCCCCACAUCCAAGCAGAAGUUUGGGCUCAUUUGGAUUUCUGAGUGUCAAAGCUGUUGCUAAAACACUACAGCGUCAGCAAGAAACGUGUAAUGGCACGCUGUCUCAGCAGCGCAGCAGCUGCUAGUGGUGUGAACACAAAGUUUGGGUGUUUCCCCAGAAAAAAAUAAAUAAACCACCGAUCUUUCCUUCUUUGCCCUCGCCUCUUUCUCCUCAUGUCUAUCCAUUGUAUUGGUGUGUGUCUGCAAUUGUAAAGCUGGUCUGUUUUUUAAAAAAGAAGAGUACCUGUGGAUAUAUUUAUUUCAUCUAAAAAAGAAAAUAGCAUAUCUAAAUAUAUAUGAUAGUAUAUUUCAAGACUAAGAUCUAUGUUAUAUAAGUUUGUCUACUAAAUUUACGGUAUUAUCUCAAUGAAUAUGUCUUUUUUUGUCUGUUUGUCUGUCUCUCCUUGUCUCGAAACCUCCUGCCCAGCUCCCUUCCCCCCAGCGAAAACAGAGACCAGUAUGUAACUGUGUUUUUGCUCACUUAAGACCAACCAUCCGCCUCCAUUAGCUAUCUACUGUAGCUAACGCUAAGAGUUCAACAAAAGUGACAAUGUGGAGGGGUGCGCGAGUGUCUUAUGACCGUGUCACUGUAGCAGUGGUGGCGUGUGUUUGUCUACCCAGAGGGGCCUUUAUUUUUGGUUUGGGCUACAGAUUAACGACUAAUUAAACCUUUUAUGGACACAGCAGCUUUUACCACAACUCUCACUUGUGUAGGGGUCGCGUUCUCGACCCUCUUUUGGGUUCACCGGACCCGCCAGUUUCUACUGUAGUGUACAGUGAGGUGACCUCUUUGAAACACAAUGUAGCGAGCAGCACAGGCUUUUUUGGUUUGUUUAUUUUGCAUCUCUUAGUAGCUGUAUUACUCUUACAAAACAUGCACAGCUACCCCUGCCAACCAACCUAUAUGGUAUAUAUAAGGACUUUGAUAUACGUACAUAGUGUGUUGUAUCUGCCACGCUGCUGUGCUGUAAAACAAAAAAAAAAAAAAAGGAGAAUUAUACACUACAAACACACAGUUUCUUUCUUAAUUUUACAAAACUGGUAAAGCUAUUAUGACACAUGUCAGGGGCAGAGCUGAAUCUGCUCACUGGUGUGGUUUCCGCUAAGGCCAAAAGUGGCCGAACCAGGGCUUUCACUUUUUUGAUCAUGACAUUUAACAAAUAAAAUAACAAAAACAUUCAAUAUCCCCCACUUUUCUCCAGCAGGGAAUGAUCCCACAUUAUUGGAUGGAACAUGGAAACAUCAUUUACUGAGGUCUUUCCUCUUGGCUGAUUUGUUCGUACAUGCGCUUAUAGUACUUUAAGUCCAUGAUGAGUUGGUAUGGUCCAAUAUUUAUCCUUUUCCCAAAUGGCUUUUAACGAUAUUUGAAGCAUUUAGUGGUUCUUAGCCCUGGCAAGCCCAGUUUUAGCCUGCAGUGGAAACACAUCCACAGUUUUUGCCUGUACGCCUCUGAACAAUGUCUCAAGGCCUUGUAUUAAUACUGCUGUACUGACUGACUGUAUGGGAUGAUGGCUGGUUGUACUGCAUUCUAUUGUCAGCACCUCACUUACACACACAGACACACACAGACACACAGACACACACACACACACACACAGACACACACACACACACACACACAGAGUCAGACUCACAUAAACACACAAACAUAGAUGUGGUAUGAUGCCGCCACCACCCUGCUUCAGCCACAUCUGCCAGCAGUGAUGACAAUACUCUGCUGUACUGCAAGCAGGAUGAAAAUAAAAAGAUGAUUUUAAUAAAGAA